AUAGGUGGCGUUUCUCGGUUGAAGUACAGUUUACUCCUCCAACCGCGAGAGUACAAGUCACUUUGAGCGAUACAUAAAAGACCGGAUACUUCUCUCACGAUAUUUGGAGAGGUGUAGAAAGAUGGGGAAACACAACAGCAAGCUUGCUCCUGAGGUGCUAGAUGACUUGACCAAGAGUACAGAGUUCAACGAAGUUGAGCUGAAGCAGUGGUACAAGGGAUUCCUGAAGGACUGUCCAUCUGGCAUCCUCAAUCUGGAAGAGUUCCAGCAACUCUAUGUCAAGUUCUUUCCUUAUGGCGACGCUUCAAAAUUUGCCCAGCAUGCCUUUCGGACAUUUGACAAAAACGGUGAUGGUACCAUUGACUUCAGGGAGUUCAUCUGCGCACUCUCCAUCACUUCCAGGGGAAGUUUUGAGCAGAAACUCAACUGGGCCUUCAACAUGUAUGACCUGGACGGAGAUGGCAAGAUCACACGUAUGGAAAUGCUGGAGAUCAUUGAGGCAAUCUAUAAGAUGGUUGGCACGGUGAUCAUGAUGCGUAUGAACGAGGACGGGCUGACCCCACAGCAGCGUGUGGACAAAAUCUUCAGCAAGAUGGACAAGGACCACAACGAUGAGAUCACGCUGGAGGAGUUCAAAGAGGCGGCCAAGAGCGACCCCUCCAUUGUUCUUUUACUGCAGUGUGACAUGCAGAAAAACAGUGUGGAGAUCACAAGAACACAAGAAAGAGGGCUUCCAUAAUUUAUCGGUUAUUGCACAUAACAAUAAUUAUCUGCUUAUUGGUAUCAGCCAAAUAUUUAUACCAUGCAUCUUUUUCAUUUAUUUAUUUUUUUGCCCAGACUGAAAAUGACAGAACAGCAACAUGUGUAGUUACAAGUUGUGCCAGAGGAAGAGUAUUACAGAAUGUAUUGUAGAAAACACAGAGAGUUCAGGGCAGGACUGAAUCCUUUGACAUUUGUGGGUGCCUUCAUAUGCAGCGCUUUACCCCACUAGAUAACACUCCAGCGACUAAUACUGUCACAUCAGUGGAGUUUGAAUGCAUUGCCAUAAUCUGAUGAUACUAUCACGAAGCAUAGCCUUCUAAUUGUUAUUGGCCGAGAUAAAACUGAAAAGCCAUGGCUGAGUAAAAGGAUGAUAUUUCAUAACGGGUCAUGCCAGAGUAGCAUUUAUUAGCUAGAGAACUGACAAUAUAUGUACAUGAUGACAUUUUGUACAUAAUGCCUAUACACAUGCUUAAUAUGUACAUGUAAAUGUUUCUCUACCUAGAACUGCUUUCAUAAUCUGACACAGCUGCAGUGAUUUGUGUGCUAACACAAAAUACCUUACUAUACUUGCGUAUGUGGGUCUGUCUGUGGAAGAGGAAACUAAUGUGUGCAUUUUCUUCAUUAUAACCUGGUGUGAAAGCUGCAGUGUGUGAGUGUGCGAGUUCACGUAAGAGAACACAAAUGCCUCAACCUUUGUAUUAAUUCUUUCUUAUGAUCUUCACGCCAGUGCUAGGAGUAUUACGCCGUCGUGUUUGUUGUUACCUGGUGUGGCCGGUGAGCUGUUUUUUUUUUUGUCAUGAGAGCUUUAGUUUAAUUUAGUCUUCAUGAGUUCAUCUCUUAUUUCACAAGCUUUGCAGGUGUCACCCAAGAGGAUUUUAAUUGUAUGAAUAUUGUCAAUGUUAAACUACCUUUCUUUACUCUUGUAAUAUAAGUGGACACAAAUGUAAACCAGACGUAGAAUGUGUAGUUCUUGUCAAUGUUACUAUGCCGCAAUACUUACUACCAUGAGAAUACUGUUGCACUAUGUAGUGAGUAGAGGCAAUACAGCUUUAGUUUUAGACUGCCUCCCUGUGGUGAAAGAUGUUAAUUAACUUGGCCAAUUAACUUUAGCAGCAGAUCUUCAAACGCUAUGAUUUCACUCAGAACCAGGGCUGUCAGUCUCGCUAUAGUCUCUUUAUAGGGCCCAGGGGAAAGGGGCCCACCCAUAAAAUAUGUGAAUUUUAGCAGCAACCCUCUUGAAAUGAAUAGCUUACAAUUUGCUGAAAAUUUUGGUUUGGUUCCUUAUUGAAACAGAUUUGGAAAAAAUUUG